CGUUGGAAGAAACAGCGUCUUGUCGGUUGAUUUGUUUGGUUCGGGUGUACUGCGGUCGCGAGUAAUAUGAUACGCUCGAUAUGACUUCACGGGCUCUAUGCGGUGGCGCGCGAGCCUUAUGCGGUGGCGCGCGAGCCUCUCGCAAGUGUCCGAGUUUGGGUUCGACGAGUCUAGGCGUGAGCUUGCUAUGCGCUGAUCUGGCUGCAACGUCCGGGAGACUUGGGGUGACUCCUUCUAUGUGGAGGUCUGCGCAUAGCAUACGGACGUAUCCGUUGAGACCGAAUGAAGCUACGCGUUCGAGUUUCACCUUGGCUGGGGCUAGCAAUGCCGGAGUUAACCUCUGGCUUGGGUCCGGGUGUAGGAGGUCUUUUUCGCGGACUAGCAUGGUUCUUGAGGAGCAAGACAAAGCUAAGGGGAAGGGCCAAGUUUCCCCCGAAACAUCUUCAAAACCAACCGUUGAGGAACCUAGAGGACUCCGGAAGGUCAUUCCCAAAGUAAUACCCGCGUUGACGCAGCACGAGAACAUCUAUACGGUUCCCAACCUGCUGACGUUUUCGCGUCUCAUCGCCGCGCCUUUCAUCGGCUACGCCAUUGUGCACGACGCGCAUACUCUGGCCCUGGGCCUUUUUGCUUACGCGGGCUUCUCGGACCUUUUGGAUGGUUGGAUCGCUCGCAGAUGGAAACUCCAGACUGUUGUUGGGAGUGUGGUCGAUCCUAUGGCGGAUAAGAUGCUCAUGACGGUGUUGACUGUGUGUCUUGCUUACAAGGGGGCGCUGCCUGCAUGGCUAGCCGUAAUAAUCCUAGGGCGUGAUGUCGGCCUGGGCAUCGCCGCCAUUUACUACCGGUGGAUAUCUCUCCCGCUGCCGAAGACCUUUACGCGCUACUGGGACUUCUCCCUACCGUCGGCCGAGGUUCGUCCCACUACUAUUAGCAAGUAUAAUACAUUCUUGCAGCUAGGGCUGAUGGGAGCUACUAUGGUGACGCCUAUUUUAACCGCGGAUGUUGGAAUGGCCAUGACGGCGUUUCAGUACUUGGUUGCGACUACAACUGUUUGGAGCGGUCUGAGCUAUGUGUUCAGUAAGGAUGCGGUCAGGAUCUUGUCUGAGAAUAAAGGCAAGUCCAAAGGUAAGUAGCUUAUUGAACACCACAACCGUUUAUAUGAUGUUUCGGUCAUCUUGAAGCUUUAAAGAAGUUCCUGCUCCCUAAAGGGGAAGCCUAACCCCUCUUGUGGUUUAUAUAUCGUGUACAUUAUGACAGGUCAUAUCAGGCGGAUAAGGAAAUGUACCGGUAUGCAAUUUUUGGAUCGGCAUGAGCGUGUUGGUAUCUGUAUGGCAUGGCAAAGAAAAUAAGGCAUCUCAUUAUUUCCCAUCUAAUUUCACCCCUUUCGAUAUUUUGACUUGUUUGCCAGCAAGGAGCUACAAGGGAGCACGUGACACGAAUAGAAGAGCUCAAACUUAGAAAGCGUUAAUUUAAGGUAGAUUAUUCAUCCGGCAGGAGACCCACCGCCU